AUGAAAAUCUACAUAUUUGCAUACGCGUGCAUUUUAUCAAUUUUCGCAAUACGGGGAGUGAAAAUUCAGAGAAAUUGUCACUUUAUUUGCACGCAAGGGUUAAGGAGUGCUUAUGCAAAAAAGACGGCGAAGAAGAAGGCGUUAAAUUUGAAUCCCCAUAGGGAGGAAACCUAUUUGGAGACGGUUCAGUCGAACAUAGCGAAGGCUACCAGGGGGGUCAACAAUCCCUUCGGUCUGGCCAUCAUCACGCUUGCGCUGGGUUCGCUAGUGGGCCUCCUAUACAAACGCAGGAAAGAAGCGACGGGGGAAGGACCACACGGGUCAGGCGGGUCAACCAGGUCAAGCGGGUCAAGCGGGUCAAGCGGGUCAAGCGGGUCAAGCGGCUUGUUCAAGUACAAAUGUGUAAAAUGCAACUUGGUGAUAUUUCCAUCCAAAGGGAGGGACCAAAAAUUCGUAAAGGAGAACUUCAUUUGCCCUAAUUGUGGACAGUCCAACAUGAACAAGCACCUAACGAAGGAGUGA